CUCUUUUUAUUAUAGAGCAAUACUACCCUCACACAUUGCUUCUAAUCUCAUUAUUUUCUCUUUUGGGUCGCCGGAGAAUAAGAUUCCGGCUACUUCCCUCACCUAGAGAUUGUUUUUUUCCUUUUCUUUUUUCAUUUUGGUUUAUAGGGAAUCAAGAUUCCGGCGAUCAGCUCGCCGGGGGAGUCAAAUAAUAGUGGAUUAUUCGAUGGGCAAGGGUCGUAAAUUGACCACCAGCCGGAGUGAACGCUUUCUAGGAAGUUUUUGCUAUAAUCAGGAGCAAGGAACGGCCAACGGCGCCGCACCGGAGUUGGGAGAGGAUGAAGUCUGGUCAUUGGUUGAUGACACGGUCAACGGGGACGAUCACUCUGUAAGCGGAGGAUGGGGCUCACGCGCCUCCUCCGAGGCCAAUGGAACCUUCAGUAGCUACAGCACCCGCCGCCCACAUCCUCAUACUGACCACCACCAGCGCCGCCAGGUUGGCGGCUUGUCGUUAGCCUUCGACCAUUCGAGCAACACAUCUUCACCGAGGAUCGUGCACCAGUUCCGCGCACAAGACAGCGUGGCGGAAUCACCACGUGGCCGGAACAUGGCCACCUCAGCCCCAGUGAACGUGCCCGAUUGGUCAAAGAUUUACCGAGUUGACUCGGUUGAAUCACUGCAUGACUCGGACGACGGCUGGAACGAGGACUCGGAGCUUGUCCCACCACACGAGUACCUGGCGCGUGAGUACGCACGCAGCAGGAGAAUUGCCGCCAACUCGGUGUUCGAGGGCGUGGGGCGAACCCUCAAGGGGCGGGACAUGAGCCGGGUCCGAGAUGCAGUGUGGAGCCAGACCGGGUUCGAUGGAUAAUCAUCACAAGAAAAUUUUGUAAUUAUUUUCUUAUUACUAAUAUAUUUUUAUUUUAUUUUAUAAUUUUUUUUUGAAUUGGGGCAAAAAUUUUACAUAAGUGGAAGCGAGUUAAGUUGGAAGGAUUGAGGCCAAAUGAGAAGCAGACAAACAGGGUCUAUUUGUUGAAGUUAUCUUUGUAAUGGUUGAAAAUUUGGCGGAACGUGUGUGCUGUCUUUUUCAAUUAAAUAUAAUAUGCCAAAAUUUGGAUUUAC